AUGGGUCAUUCAUUUGAAAAGGGUUCCAGCUUAUGCGAACAAAGUCGAUGUGAACGUGGUACGGACUCCAUGGAACCACCCGACAAAACAUCAAGUGUAACAACAACAACAACAACAACGACAACAACAACACCACCAACAACAAUAACAGAAACAACGACAACAACAACAACACCAACAACAAUAACAGAAACAACGACAACAACAACAACACCAACGACAAUAACAGAAACAACGACAACAACAACAAUAACAGAAACAACGACAACAACAACGACAACAACAGAAAUAGAUAUUAGCUCUAACCCUCUAAUUAGUACUCUGCUCGAUACAUCCACAUCAACGUCACGAAAUCAAACAGUCACAACAGUCGCAACAACUACCAGUCCAUAUUUCGUUAGUAAAUGUAACAGCAGUGGAAUUGGUCCUAACUGCAAUAUAUCAACGGAUGCAUGUUCAAUGAGUCAUCCUUGUCAAAAUGAUGCAUCAUGUUUUCCAAAUAACACAGUACCAUUAUAUUAUACAUGCAACUGUAUGGUUGGAUAUACUGGCUACGAUUGCCAAACUGAUGAAAGACCGUGUAAAGAAAACACUUGUUGGAAUAAUGGAAGUUGUUUUCCAGAAGUGAACACAACUAAUUUUUAUUGUGAAUGUAUUGAAGGUUACAGUGGUGUUAAUUGCCAACUGGUUAUAGACGAUUGUUCAAACAUUACCUGUCAAAAUAAUGGUUUUUGUAUAUCAUUAGUAAAUUCAUGGCGUUGUGAAUGUUUAGAUGCUAGUUUGUACGACGGUGCCUAUUGUCAAUAUAAAUCACAAAGUCUAGUUAUUAAAGAAUGGGUAGCAAAAUCAUUUGGAUUUGUGGCUAUUGGAGCUAUCAUUACCGUUUGUCUAUUCGUAAUCACUAUGGAUGUAUUAAGAUAUUUUUUCAAAAUUGAUCCAGUAUAUGAAAAUGAGAAGAAACGAAAAGCGAAACAUCAGCUGCAAACUCCAGGAAAACCGAAACCAGUACAGAUACAAAAACGCAGCGAUAAGAGGACAUCAACAUUGAGAUCUUCAAAAUAUUUUAGUUUUCGAACGAUUUAUGAACAAACAAUUUCAAAAAGUACAUUUACAAGUAGAUUAUUAAGAGGUAAAAUGAACACUCCCCGUCCAUUAGAGUCGAUUGAUGAUUCUUGA